GUCUGUUAGUCAGUGUUACUGUACAAACUCCACAUGGAAUUGUGUGCAAUCAAAACUUUCAGCCUGAGGACAUACUGCUGGUAUUUUUGGGUCCGAGACAAGGAGACAAGAAAAAUCAAGGGAAGGCAUCAAACAGGUUUAAUAUCACAUAUAACAGCCAUCAUUAUUAACCGGAAUAACAGGUUUUCGGGUAGAACUGUGAGUUUAAACACCUCACAGUUCGCAAACAAACCCUUCAGGGGAAUCCAUUCUCAGUUCAGGACUAGAAAUCCUCAUUUCUCAAAGAGACACUUGUCCAUUCAAACUCAAGAAACUCCAAAUCCCAGGAGUCUGAAGUUCCUCCCUGGAAAACCUGUGCUUGGAAGUGGAACGUUGGACUUUUCCUCUCCUAGCUCGGCUGGAUCGUCCUCUUUGGCCAGGGACCUGUUUGAAAUUGAGGGAGUAAAAAGUGUGUUUUUUGGUCCGGAUUUCAUUACAAUCACCAAAACAGAUGAAGAUGUCGAUUGGACACAAAUUAAGCGUCAUGCAAUGGAAGUGAUUGGCAAGUUCUUUGAAAGUGGAGACCAAGUAACAACAGAUGCAGUCCACAGUGAAAACAGUCUCUCUGAAGAUGAUGAUGAUAUUGUAUCCAUGAUAAAAGAGCUUCUGGACACCCGAAUCAGACCUACAGUGCAAGAAGAUGGCGGUGAUGUUAUUUUCAAAGGUUUUGAGAACGGCAUCGUCAAGCUGAAGCUGGUCGGUUCCUGUACUGGAUGCCCCAGUUCCACCGUCACACUGAAAAACGGCAUUCAGAACAUGAUGCAGUUCUACAUCCCAGAAGUGGACAUGGUGGAACAGGUGGAAGAUGAAGUGGAUGAAAUUAAUGCAAAAGUUUUUGCAGAAGUGGAGAAUAAAUUGCAAGAAUAAUGUACUACACGCAAAAAUAUUAUCAAAUGGAAUACAUUUUUAUGUAAACAUUUAGUCUUUAUUUUUUUGCUUUUUGUAAAAUAUAUUGUAUUGUUGGAUUGCGUUGAGAAAACAUGUUCAAGUUGUCUUCAUACUGUAUACUCACAUUUUUAUUCAGAUCCUUAAAGUUUCAGAUCACAAUGAAAUAAAAAAGUAAUUGUUUUUUUUUUUCCUUUGCAUAAUAUAUUGAUGUAGUGUUGUAUUUAUGUCUUACAAAUAUGUUCAGAAAAAUAUAUUUUUUCAAUUUAUACUUUGGUUUAUGUCAUGCAAGUUCUCUAUAACUUUUUUUUCCCAAGCAUAUUAAAACAAAGACAAACAGUUACAUCAUCCAUACAAUAAUUCAAUCAUAAAUGUAAAUACAUUAAAAAGAGUUGUUUUAUCUUAAAAAAUUAUAUUGUGUUGAUGUGCUUCCAUGCUGCAGUUUUACCACAUUAAAAGAUGUGACAGGA